GGAGCACCCACCGGAAGUGGCCCCGAGACCCGAGUAUGGCGGCCGCCCGGUGCCUGCGUUGGGGCCUGAACCGAGCCGAAGCUUGGUUGCUCCCGCCGCCCGCGCGCUGCCCCCACCGGGCUCUGCACAAACAGGUAGAGGGCACCGAAUUCCAGAGCAUCUACAGCCUGGACAAGCUCUACCCCGAGUCGCGGGGCUCGGACACCGCCUGGAGGGUCCCGGAUGCUGCACAGCAAGCCAGCAGUGACAUUCCUGUAGAUCGCUUGACAAUAUCUUACUGUCGGAGUAGUGGUCCUGGGGGCCAGAACGUUAACAAAGUGAAUUCCAAGGCAGAAGUCAGGUUCCACCUGGCAAGUGCCGACUGGAUUGCAGAGCCUGUGCGGCAGAAGAUAGCUGUCACGCACAAAAAUAAGAUCAACAGGGCAGGAGAGUUGAUCCUCACCUCUGAGUGCAGCCGCUAUCAGUUCCGAAAUCUGGCAGAUUGCCUGCAGAAAAUUCGAGACAUGAUUGCUGAGGCCAGCCAGCCAGCCAAGGUGCCAUCCAAAGAAGAUGCUGUACUUCAGAAACUCAGGAUAGAAAACAUGAAUCGGGAAAGGCUGAGGAAAAAGAGAAUAACUUCUGCCAUAAAGACAAGCAGGAGGGCAGAUGUGGACUGAAACCAUCCCCUCAAGCGGGCAGAGACCCUCUUCGGGACAUCUGGGCAGCUGCCACUGAGGGAGCUUUAACACCAUCAGGAGACGUGUGGGGUGUUCGUUGUGAGUGCUCGUCUGUAACGCUGGAACCAUCGCAAGAAUGCUCAUCUGGAAUGAGGAUUGCAGGCACUGGUUGCAGCGGUCUUUGUAGGCAAUUACCAUGUUGUCAAACCUCUGUUAUCCAUUUAAUGUAUUAGUUGCAAUAAAAUUCUAAACUCAG